AUGCCGGGCGAGCGGAACCCGCUAGCAGAGAUCCCGCCCGUCGACGCCGUGCUCGAUGAGGCCGUCCUGGAGUCCAUCUUGACGCAUCUUGCUGCGCCAGGCAACUACGAAGCGUACGUCGCGUGCUGUGCCGUGUACCUGGUCUCGCGGCGGUGGCGCGCCGCGCUGGAACGCGUGCUUCGGAAGAACUUCCUGAGGAUGUGGCGGCUGUCGAGCAUCGCGGGCGAGCCCAGUGGUGACCCCGUGAAGCUCUUCCUGCACGCCCGCGGCCCGAGCACGAGCGCGCAGGCGCAGCAGAUCGACACCAAGACGACGUUCGUGCGCGCCCACGCCGUCCAGCCCACCGACACGAUGCCAGGCCUGGCGCUGCGCCACAUGGGGGGCGACGUCGCCGCCCUGCGCCGCGUCAACAACCUGCACUCCGACAUGGCGCUGCGGGGCCGGAGCGCCAUCUUCGUGCCAGUCUCAGAUCCCGAGGACCUCGUCGGCGCCCGCGGCCGCAUCGUCCGCGACGCACACCUGCUCCGCGACGUAAUUGCAGUCGAGGAUCCAGGUCUCCCAGCUCGCAGCAGCCUCGAAGACCCCCUGCCGGGCGGGGAAGAGCUCGGCCCCGCGGGCAGACAGGUGGCGCGCGGCGUGGGCGGUGCCGGGGCGGCGGGGGCGGACGCCGCCACGCAGGCAGCCGCGCGACGGCAGGGCGCACUGGCGUUGGCCCGGCGGCUCGGAACCGACGACUGCACGGCCGCGUACUACCUCGAGAUGGCCGGUGGGGACUGGAACCAGGCGGUGCGGCAGCACGAAGAGGACCUCGAGUGGGAGCGCGGGGAGCUGAUUGCGCGGAACGUGCGGGACGCGGACGCCUCCCUUUUCUCGUUGACGCUGUCGUGA